CGCCUCCUGGUUUUCCAUGGCGGCGCUCAGCGACCAGGGAAAGAAAAGGAAACCGUUCGGGACACGCUUUCUCACCGACCCGACUCGCCUUUUCCAGCACAACGCCUGGGAUAAUGUGGAGUGGACUGAAGAGCAGGAAGCUGCUGCAGAAGCAAAGGUCCAAGAGAACAGUAUACAGUUGAUACCGCAAGAUCAGCGAGAUGCUUAUGAGAAAAAUGCCAACAAGUACUGGAACGACUUCUACAAAACCCACGAAAAUGGUUUUUUCAAAGACCGACACUGGCUUUUCACUGAAUUUCCUGAACUGGCUUCAAAACAGUGUGACAGUCAGGUUGGCAUACUUGUCCCUGAGGAUGCUGUAGGAAACACCAAAAACUCAGGACUUCAUUCGGUGGAGACUGGGGUGUCAGAGCAUGUGGACUCUGGAACAAACAGCUGUAACAGCAUUCACCAGUUGCAUAUAUCAGAUGAAAUGGCAUUACAGAAGCUGGAGGAACAAAAGCUAAGAGAUGGUGACUUCCCAGGCUCAUCUGCUACCUACCGAAUACUAGAGGUGGGGUGUGGUGCAGGAAACACAGUUUUCCCCAUUCUCCAGACUAACAAUGAUCCAGGCUUAUUUGUAUAUUGCUGUGACUUCUCAACUACAGCAAUAGAGCUUGUCCAGGCUCAUCCAGAAUAUGAUACAUCUCGCUGCUUUGCCUUCGUUCAUGACCUGUGUGAGACUCAGAUGCCGUUUCCAAUACCGGAUGAGACUCUUGAUGUGGUGGUUCUCAUCUUUGUCCUUUCAGCCAUUCUUCCGGAAAAAAUGCAGGGUAUUAUCAUCAGACUUAGCCAGCUUUUAAAGCCUGGUGGAAUUAUUUUGUUACGAGAUUAUGGACGUUAUGAUCUAGCCCAGCUCCGCUUUAAGCAAGGUCAGUGUUUGGCUGAUAACUUCUAUGUGAGAGGAGAUGGCACCAGAGUUUAUUUCUUUACACAAGGUAAUGGAUUUCCAGCUCCAACCACAGGCUGUCGAGGCUUAGAUUCUGCUUGCCAACAAGAGGCAACUGUUUGGAAAACUGAAACUUCUUGGAACAGAGGAAGUUACCUCAUACCGAGUCAAACCAUUGGUCCAGCUAGCCCAGGACUGUUGAAAAUCACUGGCAGCGGCUGUAGCUCUCCAGGGAUUCAGGCAGGGCUUUUCCAGGCUUACCUGGAGAUGACCUGAGACCUUCUGUAUGCACAGCAGAUGCUCUGUGACUGAGCCAGGGACAUAGGAGGGCAGUGGGUAGGAAGUGAUACUUUAUUAAAAGUGACUGUUGAUUGCAGGGAAAAAACAGGUAGAUAAUCUGUUUCAAACCAUUUCUGAUAUCGCUUUUAUAUACACGUGGAGCUGUGGUGUGCUUCCUCCUGCCAUGAGAAAUGCUAUUUUUUGUCAUUCAAGAAGAACAAAAUCCUAAAGGCAGGAUAACAAAAAUAUCCAAAUCUCAGAAAGAAGAUGGUAAGUAAGGAAGCACAAAUAUUUUAAUUUGAGUUAGAUGCAGGCAACCUUUUUGGGCUGUCGGCACAUUUGUCAAUUAAGGACCACCUGGGCACCUCCACAAAAUAUAGCUCACUUGAGUGGCAUGGCCAAAAGGCUGAGUACAAGGAAAAAGUGGGAUUUGAGUCCUAAAACACUAAACAGAACAAGAGAAACUUAUUUCGGAGCAGUCCCAGCUGCCAGUUAGAAAAUGUGAUAAAGUGGGAUGGGUAGGAAUCUUCAGUAGGCAUGAAGAAAGGUAUCUGGGGGUACAUUGGUAUUGGUGAGCACUGUAUUGCUUAGCCAUGAUUUAAAUACUGGUUUACAGAUUCAAAUAUUACAGUUGGAAAAACAAUUUGGCUAUUGGAAAACUGCUGCAGGCUGGCAUGUUCCAUGGCUUUGUAAACAUAGUUUGCAUCUAUGCAUACUUCGGUUACUGCUAACCAUUGCUUUCCCCCAAACCAGUGCAUGCACUUAUUCUUUGUUUUUAUUAACAUUUUAUGAGGGGAUACACUCAUAAAGGAGCCCUAGUUGUUUCUGUUUUGCUGUCUUGCUCUAAGAUCUCGCAUUUUACUUCACCAUUGGCACACUGGUUGGGUUUGCACGACAUGACAACCCAUCGUGGGUGAUAAUCCAAAGUGGUUUGUCCUGUUGCAUGAACCCAGAGCAAUUCCUGCAGGGAGGCUUGCUUGAGAGCAACAAGCCACUCUGAUAACCCAUGGCUUUUUGCACUCAUAUUGAGUUGCCAAAUAGCAAAACCCCCUUACUGCUCUUACCAGUCUUGCCUGGACACCCACCAGUGCCAGCUGCCCCCAGAUGCCCAAUCAACUCUUGGUGUUAGCUAGCCUGAGCUUGCUGUCCUCCCUUCUGGAGUUGUGAACUGUUUCAGCUUGCUGCAGCUUUUUUACACUUCCCCCUCUUCACUUUGGACAUCAUGAAGUCAUGCUUGACAGAUGGUUAUUACAAUUUGUUUUGAUAAUCCGUUCAGAGUCCCCAAAUGGCACCUUGGUUGGGCUUUUUGGGGUUGCCAAGAUAAUUUUUAAUUUGGGAGUGAUCCCCUAAUGUGUACAAGUAUUUGCGCACAUUAUUUUAAAAGAUUUUCCAGUCUUUUGCAAGUUCUGCAAGUUGCAGAAGUCUGAAAAUGGGCAGCUUGGACAAUCUCCAGGGAAGAACCUGCUGUCAGCAUGCAGUAGGUGUGAACCAAGAAGUUCCCAGUAGUCUUUCCCACUUUCAUUUGCUUUGACAGCUGUCAAAAAGUGAGCUGUCAAACCAAACACAAAUGAUCAUUGCUUGUGAAAAGGGGAUGGUAGGAUUUACAUCCCCUUUGUACCCUUCCUUUUCUAUUUUAACUACACUGCCUUAAGAGUUCUCUUACUUUUCCAUUUGUUCUUGAGAUUCUAGGUGCUCAGGAACAUGGAAAAGCCACUCCUUUUAAAGGAAGCUGUUAGUUUUGGCAAUUCUCUGCUGAAAUGCCAGUUCCUUUAAUGGGGUGGGGUUUGGCAAAAAUCCACCUUUUUUAAUGAAUAUGUUCCUAUAAACAAUCCAUUGAGAUCCCUGUUGAAAAGCUUUUU